UGUCAUCCUCACUUUAGAGCUUGGAGGAACUGAGACAGAAUAAAACUCAUAACAGAAAGGUUGACUAGAAGUUUAUCUGAGAAAGGUUUAAAUAUAGAUGUCUCCAGUCCCAGAAUUCUCCUUGCUCAGUGUGUCUUUUCCAGCUUUCUCCCCAAAACAACCACCUGAGGAAGCCUCAGUACUAGUGUUCAAAAGACUGACACCAUUCUGAUGUUGUGGAUUCUAAAGAAUGCUCAGUUUGGAAACAAGGCCUGUCCAGCACCUGCAGUGUGUUGGCGCAUCCUUAGUCAAGAAAACUGUUUUGUGCCAACCUCUGAGAUCAUUGCUGUAGAAGAAACUGAACUAAACAAGAAGCAACGUAAUACUGGCAAAUGGCAAAAAAUGGCAAAGCCACAUGCUUUCACAGUCUACUAUGUGAAGAAAGCCCGAAAUCACCGCUGGCGGUGCAGUGAUGUGACAUUUUGGUGUGUUGAUGAGUACUUGUGUAAUCAGUGGAUACAGGCGCUGAAAGAGUUACUUGAAAUGCAGAAGUCUAGACCAAAGCAGUUGCUUGUGUAUAUUAAUCCGUAUGGAGGAAAAAGACAAGGGAAACGGAUUUAUGAACAGAAAGUUGCUCCACUGUUCAGUCUGGCUUCUAUCUCCACUGAUGUUGUUAUAACUGAACAUGCUAAUCAUGCCAAGGACAAUUUAUUGGAAGUUAAUAUUAAUAAAUAUGAUGGUGUUGUUUGUGUUGGUGGGGACGGCAUGUUCAGUGAAGUGAUGCAUGGUCUCAUUGGAAGAAUGCAGAAGGACUCUGGCAUAGACCAAAAUAAUCCCAAAGCACCAUUAGUCCAAUGCAAUAUAAGGAUUGGCAUAAUUCCUGCGGGAUCAACAGAUUGCAUAUGCUAUUCAACGGUUGGCAUUUCUGAUCCAGUAACAUCAGCUCUUCAUAUUAUUGUAGGUGACUGUCAGCCUCUGGAUGUCUCUUCAGUACAUCAUAACAACACAUUUUUGAAGUACUCUGUAUCAUUGCUGGGUUACGGUUUUUAUGGCGAUAUAUUAAAAGACAGUGAAAAGAAACGGUGGAUGGGUCCCAUGAGAUAUGACUACUCAGGCUUCAAGACUUUUCUUUCUCAUCAUUACUAUGAAGGAACAAUUUCUUUUCAACCAGCAAAACACACACUGGGAUCUCCACGAGAUAAAGAUAGCUGCAGAACAGGGUGUUACAUUUGCAAGAAAAGUGAGCAACAGCUGGCAGAACAGAAGAAGGAGUGUGGAUUAAAAUAUGAAGAAGAUGAAGAAGGGUGGAAGGUUAUUAAAGGGAAAUUUCUGGCCAUCAAUGCAGUGAAUAUGAGCUGUGCCUGUCCACGAAGUCCAAAAGGUCUUUCACCAGCAGCUCAUUUGGCAGAUGGUUCAGCUGACCUCAUUCUAGUUCGUAAAUGCUCUAGAUUUGAUUUUCUGCGGUAUCUUGUCAGACAUACAAACCAAGAUGAUCAGUUUGACUUCUCAUUUGUAGAUGUUCAUCGGGUGAAGAGUUUUCAAUUUACAUCUAAGCUUUCGGAUGACAACGAGAGCAGUGUCACAGACAUAGGAAAGAAACGUUUUGGCCAGUUCUGCAGAGAUCAUCCAGCCUGUUGCUGUAAUAUUGCUAAUAGCACCUGGAAUUGUGAUGGAGAAACUCUGGACAGUUCAGCCAUCGAAGUGAGGGUUCACUGCCAGCUAAUGAAACUAUUUGCAAGGGGAAUCGAGGAAAACUGUAAAGAUGAAGCUGCCUGCAGCCAGAGUAGUGUUGAACAAUUACUAUAGACAUUGUUCCUCCAAUGGGGAGAAGAAAAAAAAGAAGCUCAAGGAAAUUGAGUAAAUAUGCAUUUUAGUCAAAUUGACAAGUAUUUUAAAAUUUUAGAUUUUUUUUUUUAAUGGCUUCAGUAUAAUUUUAGACAUCUUAUUGCAUUGUGUCUUUUUUUAAAAAAACAUUGUAGUCAUUAAAAUUAUAUCUUGGAGCAGUGUAAUCUAAGUUAUAUUAAAGAGAGUAUUGCUGUAUGUAUAUAUGUAUUCACAAAUUCUCUGUGCUUUUCUAGAGAGCUCAUUUAGCAGGUGUUACAAUAAUAUCUAAAUGUUAUAAAACAUUGGACUUUGCAUUGUCAUCAAACCAACAUAUUAAGACAAGUUAUUUUCAGUGUCUGAGAAGAUACGAUCUCCUGGGAGUGUUAUGUAGCUGCAUGUGGCUUAAAUGCUGGAUCACAACAGCAUUGUCAUUUGCAUCUUUUUUUUUUUUAAGUAAAAUACCUUCAUUUUGUAAUUCUAACUAUUCCUAGCAACUUAUCAAUGCAAUUCAAACACACAUUCCUGGCUUUAAGUAAUAACAAUAAGAGUUUAGAAAUACUUUGAAAAAUAAAAGCACAUCUGCAUACAGAUCAUAUUUUAUCCUGCAUAUUCUCUUUAGAAAGGCUUCCUUGCAUGAUGCUUUUUGGGAUUAUAAAGGGUUUUAUGACUGUUGGGAUGAUACCAAAUACCACACACAGAAACAGAAAUGUCUUGCAAGCAACUUGCAGGGAUGCUUAUAAUACCAGGAAGGCUCAGGCAAAGGAAAACAUAAAUAUCUUCUGAAACACCAGCAACUUUUAAAUUUUUCAAAAUAUCUAAAAUUAACAUAUGAAAAGCUUCCCUCUUCAGUACACAAAUCUUUGCAGAUUACACUACAUAUGUUAAAAUGUCUUUGCAAAAUAAGUUGUCAGAAUAUUAAGUUUAAAAAUAUGAUUUGAUGAUUGACAGUUUUUUUGAAUAAUGUUUGACUAAAUAUGAAACAGAUUAUUUUGUGAAGUCAAGGGAAGAAACUGGCAUCUGAUAAAUCACAAAUUCACUGUGCUGAUUUGUUUUUAUAGCAAAAAAAACUUCAGACUAUCAUGUGUAGCUGUGGAAUGAUGAUUUGUGUAUGGAUUUGUGUGUUGUGACACAGACAUUCUCUGUGUAGGCUUGGGGCUAAGUUUUGCUUUUCUCAUACAUAUUUAUGCUUGUUUAAGGAUGAGAAGUUAGCCCCUGCUCUCUUCUGUCUUUUCUUAAGUGUGCAGUUCAGUUUAAAACUCAUUGCAUCAGAGGGGUUUUUGUGUCUGAACAGCUAAUGAUUCUCUGUUCGUGCAUAUGUAUGGACAUUUCUGUCAUUCAACUUGUAUUAAUUUCAUGUCUCUCAUAUUUGCUCUAUGUAAGCUGUGGUGAUUGGCCAGUUUAUUACUGAAGCACUUGAAAAUUGUCACAUGUGGCCAAUUUUUUUUGUUUAAUUUAAAUUAUUUACAUUCCAGUUUUGUGUAAUGUCGAAGUGGUGUGCGGUAUCUUUGCUACAAACUGUUAUUCAUACUGCUCUAUAUGACAAAAAGCACUUGCAAAUUAUAUUUGCUUACAGUACAGUCAUAAAAAGUUUAGGAUCUGUUUUUGGUUAUAUAGUAUUUCAGGGAGAUACUUGAAUACUUUUCCAAAAGUACUGCUUUUACUUUCCAUAUUAAUGCAAUGAAGUGUUGAUUGAUCCAAUGUUUUUUCAAACAUUUGUAACAUAAGUGUUAUAUAUACUGUAUUUUUAAAGCCAUGUUUAAUAAGUGCAAUAGUACCUUUGACCUAAGAACCUCAUUGAAAAUGAGAUUAUGCAGUUCUACAAAGGCAAAUAUUUUUUGAACGUGUCAUUUGUUUAAGAAGUUCUACAGUUAUUUUGGUCUGUCCAUGAAUACUGUGAGACAACCCAGGCUUCAAGGUGCUGUAAAUCUUGUGCAGGAUCAGAUGGUGCAGCCUCAGCUCUCCAGCAGGUGAGGGCAUUUCUGGGGCAUUACAGCUGUCCAGAUCUCAUUCUCAUAAAUGAGAACAGGAGUAAAUACUGACCAGCUCUUUCCAUUAGCUUACUAGCAAGUCCCAAGAGCCUUACUUGAAAAAUGGAGGCUUAAUCUUGUUAUGGAUGUAUACUGAAAUGCUUUGAAUAUUUUUAAUAUCUGAAACUGAGUGCUUGGUGUUUCCAAAGAAAGCCUCAGUGAAUGCCCCUUUCCAAGAAACGAGCCACUGGAAAAGGAGAAGAGAUUGUUCUGUAGUAUGGUAAUGAAGUGUGAAGAAAAUAACAAAGGUGUUGCAACAUAACACAAUAGAAAAGCUGCAUAGUUGCAUUUGAAUAAUUCUAUUUGUAGCAUAUUAUACUAGCAAAACACCAUAUGUGAGUGUAUGAUGUCCAGUUUAUUUUUAAGGCGAGAGCUGCAUAAGUAAUGUCUGCUUACAUUUUAAUUUUAGGUUUUUUUCUCUGAAUGUAGGCUCAGUAUGGAAAUUAUGUAUAGGAACACCAAGUUCGAUUUUUCUUUUUUUCCCAAUCUUGCUGGCUUCAAGAUUAGAAAAUGUGUUCUGUUUUAUGACGCUAGGGCAUUUCAUUGAAAAAAUAAAAUUACAUUGUACAACA